GGCGAUCGCAGAACAAAUCUCUCUUCUCUUGCCUUGCAUAAAUUUUCUCCCUCAACUCCCAGAUUCGUUAGCUUUUACAAUCGUCAUGGCGAGCCAGCAAGAGACAGGAAAGAAGGACCCUCUCACGGGCAUGGCGCACUCUGAGGCGCAUUAUUUCAACAGUUACAACCACCAUGGCAUCCACGAGGAAAUGCUGAAAGAUGAAGUGCGAACCAAGAGCUACCGCGAUGCCAUAUACCAAAACCCCCACCUGUUCAAGGACAAGGUCGUUCUUGAUGUCGGAUGCGGCACCUCGAUUCUCAGCAUGUUCGCCGCCAAGGCCGGUGCAAAGCACGUUAUCGGUGUUGACAUGUCAACCAUUAUCGAAAAGGCAAAGGAGAUUGUCGAGGUCAACGGCCUGUCGGAUAAGAUCACCCUGCUGCAAGGCAAGAUGGAAGAGGUUGUCCUGCCCUUCGACAAGGUCGACAUAAUAAUAUCCGAGUGGAUGGGAUACUUCUUGCUCUACGAGUCCAUGUUGGAUACUGUCCUGUAUGCGCGCGACAAGUACCUGGUCAAGGACGGCCUGAUCUUCCCUGACAAGGCUACCAUUUUCAUGGCCGGUAUCGAAGAUGGCGAGUACAAGGAUGAGAAGAUUGGCUUCUGGGACAACGUCUGGGGCUUCGACUACUCCCCACUCAAGGCCACUGCCAUGACUGAACCUCUCGUCGACACUGUUGACAUCAAGGCCGUCGUUACUGACCCUUCACCGGUCAUCACCCUCGACCUUUACACGUGCACCGUUGCCGACCUCGCAUUCCGGUUACCAUACGAGCUCAAGGUACGCCGCAACGACUUUGUCCACGCCGUCAUUGCAUGGUUCGACAUUGAGUUUGCCGCCUGCCACAAGCCCAUCCGCUUCUCCACCGGCCCUCACACGAAGUACACGCACUGGAAACAGACUGUCUUCUACCUCAAGGACGUCUUGACCGUCGAAGAGGGCGAGACAAUCAGUGGUAUUCUGGAGAACAAGCCCAGCGAGAAGAACCACCGCGACUUGGACAUUACCAUCUCCUACAAGCUCGAGACCCAGGAUAUGCACAGGCAGGCGGCUGGCGAGGCACAGUACAAGAUGUGCUAGAGGAUUUGUGUAUGUGUAUACAAGUAGACCACGAAGUUUGUAGGUCUUGAAACAAGAAAGAGAGAGAGAGAGAGAGAGAGAAAUGGGGAUUUCUUGUUGCAUGCUUUCUUGAUCGAUAGACUUUUGUGCUCGCACAACGGUAAAACCCGGCGUUUUGUUUUUUCUUUCCGUUCUCUUUUUUUGUUACUUUCAACAACUGUUUUGGUCAUAACACGGAGUGUGUAUGUGGGUGGGUGUGGACCUGGGCUUGGGUCUUUAUUGAAUUGCGGGAAAAAUCUAGGGUAGCAUGAGCAUGCGUGUCACGAGUUAUGAAGCAGGGACCAAUCGAAUCAUUGGGAAUUCCUCCCCUAAAACAAAA